AUGCACGUACGUGCCAUGUUUGACUACGAUCCCCGUGAGGAUUUGGAACUGCCUUGCCCAGAAUUGGGUCAGUCUUUCAAAGUUGGUGACAUUUUGGAGAUUGUUGAUGCUGCAGAUUUCACCUGGUGGCAGGCGAGGCAGUACAAGGCCGGAUCCGAACCCACUCCGGCCGGUCUCAUUCCCAGUGCCGACUUGGAGGAGUCGCGUGUUGUUCGAGCAACCAAUGCAAUGCAAGGCGCAUUGACAGUGGAUUCUGUGACUGCCACGAAUCACACCCACCACAUCUCCAGUCUCCUGAGUCUUUUGGCUCCUCGAAAAAUGCCUCGAUCAUCCACAAGUAAUAGCAGUAUCGGUGGCAGUGGUUUGAACGGACUUCCAGGCAAUCUGGAGCGUUCUCUCUCCCAUUGGAUGCCAUUUCGACGGAGAUUGGGACAUCGUAGACACCGAAGUGUCUCCAGACGUCGUGCAGCCAGUAGACGUAGGGGAUGGACCACGGAAAGAAGUCAUUCCUCAGAGACGUUUAGUUUUGCUCAAGACGAUGACGAGGAGAGGGAAAUGCGAGGUGAUGACGUGUUUGCACUGCGACAGAAUGGACACUACUGUGAGGAGAUUUCCAGUAUUGGAAGCACCAUUCCCAGUCGAACUUGUUCUCGAUGCAAUUCAACGCUACCGGUGAGAAAUUCUUAA